AGAUAAUAAAUGAGAAGUCAACAAAUUUUCGUCUACGACAGAAUUGAUAAUUCACAGUAGCGAUCUUGUUUUACAAAACCAAACAUGCCGACCGAGCUUGAAGAGUUGGUCGAAUUUCUUCAUCAUGGCAACACACAAAUUCGUCAAGUUGCUGCCCAGGAACUCGUCGGUUACUCGACGGCGCAGCCGCCCUUGUUCAAGCGUAACCAGCUAGAGCCUGUGAAGGACUUGAAGUUAUUACUCAAGGAUUACUCUCCCAUUGCCAAAAAUGCUCUGACAUGCCUGGUUAACAUUUCCAAUGAUUCCGAAGUGGUCAAAAGUCUGAUUGAAGACGAUGCUUUCAUGGAAUCACUAUUCCGAAAAAUAACGGAUUCCAAGGAUGUCAAUGUGAACUUAGCAUGCAUGUUGAUUUCCAACUUGGCAAAAUCACCAUCGGUUUCAAAACUACUCAAUCUGCAGCGAGUCGUUCCACAGCCUAUAUCGUCAUCGCCUAACGUCAUCGAUCAGCUGCUGGACUGUUUCGUGAAAGGAGCCGAUGGAAAGUAUAACAAGGAGGCUGACUACGACUAUCUGUGUUAUCUGUUCGCCGAUCUUGCGAAGCUUGAAGCUGGCAGGAAGCACUUCCUCGACCCACGAGCUGAGGGAACAGGCGAAGACAAUGAACAUGUAAUCCCCUUGAGCAAAAUGGUUGUGUUUACCGAACAUGCCUCGACCAUUCGACGUCGCGGAGUUGCAAGCACGAUCAAGAAUGUGACAUUCGAGAUAUCGGCACAUCCAACGCUCAUUGAUGCACAUGCCGUGAACAUCCUUCCGUACAUCAUACUUCCGCUCAUGGGAAACGAAGAGUACGACCUAGAUGACACCGAGGGCAUGCUUGACGAAUGUCAACUGUUACCACCAGACAAAGAACGGGAGAAACAGAAUGACAUAAUUUGCAUCCAUCUCGAGACCUUGUUGCUGCUCACCACAACAAAAGAGGGACGGACGCGACUGCGGGAUAUCAAAGUUUAUCCGAUCAUUCGCGAACUGCAUUCCCACGUAGAGGACGAGAACGUCGCUGAAGGAUGCGACCGUUUGGUGCAGAUCUUGAUGAGAGACGAAGAGGGCGAUCCCGUAUCUGAGCCACACACGGCUGAUGAGAGCCGGGUGAAGGAGAUCGAUGAGGACGACGAGAUCGUGGACAUCUUAUGAUUGGUCGUGGUGUUAAAUAUCAGCUGAUCUGUGAGAUGUUCAUUGCGAACCAUCAGAAUAUAAGCAAUGCGUUCGCGUAUCGACGGCGUGAAGUUCACAAC